AUGGCUGCAUCUAUGUCUUCAUAUGGGAUUAUAGUCCCAGCUUCCCGACACUACUUCAUCGUCAACGCACAACCAGGUGAGGAUGUGGAUGAAAUAAUGGUCCUCGACCCCUCUCCAACUCAGUCAGCAAUGAUUCACGACUCUGGAGACGUCUUCUCCGUGAUGUCUGAUGGUGGACCUGCUUAUACAACUCUUUCAAUGGAAUUUACAACUAAUCACGGAUCAGUAGCCAUUGCUAGAUUCGUGGAUGGAUCACAAGUGGCCGAUGAUCAACAGCCUAUGAAUAUUGCCAAGUUUAUAGUCCUGCUAGAGUCUCGUCAACAACAACAACAAGAUGAUGAUCAUGAUCAUGAAGACGACGACGAUAAUGAUAAUGAUAAUGAUGAUGAUGAUGAUGAUGAUUAUGAUGAUGAUGAUGAUGAUGAUGAUGACGAAGACGAAGACGAAGACGACGGUGAUGAUGAUGAAACAGAGGAAGGAGAUGAUGAAGUGGAAGUGGAAGUGGAAGAGGAGAACUACAAAUCAGAUGAAGAAAAAGAAGAGAAGGAGGUGAAGGAGAUGAAGGGGAUGGAGAGAUUUGCGUGA